CUGUAGCAUUGAAUCAAUUACAGGUUGCUGUUGCAGAGGCGCAUUUGUGUGAGUGGCCGUGGAGCAGGACGGAGGAGCGCAGCACAAGGGAAAGGAUUACUACUGCUUUACAACUGAGGACCCUUGGGCUGAUUAGAGUAUUUUACAAGAGCUUUGCCAUUCAUUUUGGCUGUUCUUUUUUAUCAAAGGGAACAACCAAAAGGGAUUAAAAAGAUUUUAAAUGGUGACCUCUUUUUCUUCCUUCAGCUGAGCACAAUCUAAGUGACCAUGGGAUUCCUGAAGACACAUCUCGUUGUUGGGAUUGUCUUUCUAGGGGUGUUUUCAGAUGUCUCGAAGCCAUGGCUAGUUACGGAUAAAAAGCAAGAGGAAUUGCUGACACCACAUUCCGACUUCAACGUCACUUGCUUUGGAAAGAGGAGAGUAACUUGGGUCGAACCGUUACCGUUCAACAUCAAAGUUCAUUCUGGAUUUAACUACAGUACUUUAAUGAUCACUGAUGCGGAGGCCUCUAACACACGUUUCUACACCUGCCAGCAGGAGGAUGAUUCUGAAAUUGAAACUGAUAUCUACAUUUUUGUUCAAGAUCCCGAUGUUCCAUUUGUGUCUGAACACGAUGCUGAGACAGAUGAAAUAGGCACACAUAUCCCCUGCCAUGUAACAAACCCACAUUCUCAAGUGAUGCUCAGAGAUUUGCAGAGCGGGGAUGAGGUUUCUGUGCUUUAUGACCCCAAACAUGGCUUUUUUGGUACAAUAUCACCAGGACGAUACGUCUGCGAGACAACUGUGAAUGGCAAAACAGUGCAGAGCAUCGUUUAUAAUGUGACAAAUGACAUGACUACUGAAGUUCCUGAGGUUGUAGACCAGAACUUCAGCAUCCAGCUGAGCGCCAGUAUUGAGGAUUUGAAAGAAGGAGAUUCAGUCAACCUCACCUGUGAGACUCCUCUUGGAAUGGCUUUCCACCAACAGUGGCUGCAUCCCCAGAAACAGGCCAAAGAGGGUGUCCCAAUAAAGUUAACUCUCCAAGAUAAGAUUCAAUACAUCCUCAACAUCCCAAAAGCUUCUGUGGAAGACACCGGACGCUAUGAGUGUUCCGUGACCAACCAGCUCACUAGACAAACCAGGUCCAAAAGCCUGGGUAUCACAGUUCACGAGAGCUCAUUUGUGGAAGUUAUAUCUAAUGGUAUUGGGCCAGUGGAAGUUGUGUCUCUUCUGGAGGAAAAGGAGUUCACUAUUUACAUUGAUGCUGACCCUGAGCCAAAGGUCAGGUGGUUUAAAGAUGGACAGCCAUUGGAGGACAGCUACAUCUUCUCUAAGACCACUCAUCUAGAAAGCCUCAGGUAUGAGAAUAUUCUGAUUCUCCGUCACCCUGUAGAAGAAGACAGUGGCGUUUAUGAGAUUGUUGCUUCCACCGGCUCCAGGACUUCACGAUUUUCAUUCAAACUCCUCAUUGAAGCCAUGUUCCCGGAGCUGCCACAGUCAGUUCAGGCUCCAGUGAUUUGGCCCCAGAGGGAGAGUAUGGAGGUGUCUCUGCACUCAACUUUCAGACUCACAUGUCGAGGUCAAGCAGAGCUCUCCUGGAAUGGCCCUGUUUAUAUUGAUGAGCAGACCAACAGUGUAAAGAAAGGACUCUAUAUUAGCACUGUGACUAUCAGCAAUGCUACAGCCGCCCAUACAGGAGAGUAUGUCUGCUCCUCUGAAUCCUUCAACAGCACUGAAGAGUCCACCAUCUACAUUUAUGUGCCAGAUGCGCAAACCCCAUUUGUGCCGUCCAUGAUUCCGUUUGAAAACCAUGUGCUGACGAGUUAUGAUGAAAUGGAGAUUCCCUGCCGUGUGACGGAUCCCAGUGCCGCCGUCUCUCUCAUCCACAUGGAGACCAAUCAAGUUAUGCCCAGUGUCUACGACAGCAAGAGAGGAUUCAUCGGACUCUUCGGUGCUGGGACGUAUGUCUGCAGAGCCCUCAUUUAUGGACAGAAUCAUGAUAGCGUUGAGUACAUUGUUCAUGGAUGGGCAGGAGGGUCUGAUUUGCGAGUGGAGCUGCGGGCGAUGAAGAGGACUCUGCUGGUGGGUGAGACCAUCACUGUUGACUGUGUAGCCAAAGGCAGUGAGAUGCUGGAGGACCACUGGAAAUAUCCUGGCAAAGUGGCUAAUCGUGGAACAAAGACCGUAAAGGAGAAUAAGCUAAAUCUGGAGAUCUGUUAUACUCUGACAGUGACUAAUGCCUCACCGAAAGACAGCGGCAUCUAUGCCUGUUCCAUCACUGACAUCAUGAGCAACGAAAGCCAAACCAAAGAGCUGACUAUUACAGUCUAUGAUCAUGAAUUUGUCCACAUAAAUCCAUUGAUCGGUCCAGUGGAGACCGCCAGGCUGGACGAGGUGCCAGAGUUUAAGGUGGACAUAGAGUCUUUCCCUGCACCCAAAGUCACAUGGUUAAAGGACGGCUCUGUUCUGGGAGACGAUACUGCAGAGAUCAGCACCAACCUCCUGAAAAUCGGCGAGACCAGUUACCAGGGUGUGUUGAACCUGAUCAGAGCUAAAGCAGAGGACAGUGGAAACUACACCAUCAGGGCAGAAAUAGGCAGCAUAAGCACCAGCUACAGUUUCUACCUUCAGGUUAAAGUUCCCCCUGUGAUUGUGGACCUGAUGGACAUCCAUCAUGGUUCUGCUGCGGGUCAGGAAGUGGUAUGCACUGCUGGCGGCUCCCCAUUCCCUGAAGUGGACUGGUAUAUCUGCAAAAACCUUAAACACUGUGCCAAUGAUUCCUCCCAGUGGAUGCCACUUCCGAUCAACUCGACAGACAUCACAGUGGAACUGCAAAUGAAUGCGGACAACCACAUUGAGAGCCACAUUUUUUUCCACCAUCUUGAGAGCACAGUCGCUGUGCGCUGUCUGGCCAGGAAUGACAUGGGUGUUGUUUCACGGGAGGUUAAACUCAUGUCAAGUGGUCCGCAUUCGGAGCUCACGGUGGCUGCUGCGGUUCUGGUGCUGCUGGUCAUUGUCAUCAUCUCACUCAUUGUGCUGGUCAUUAUCUGGAAACAGAAACCACGUUAUGAGAUCAGAUGGCGUGUGAUUGAAUCAGUCAGUCCGGACGGGCACGAGUACAUCUAUGUCGAUCCCAUGCAGCUUCCAUAUGAUUCCCGCUGGGAGUUCCCUCGGGAUGGACUCGUUCUAGGUCGCGUCCUGGGUUCAGGAGCUUUUGGUAAAGUGGUGGAGGGUACUGCAUAUGGACUAAGCCGUUCUCAACCUGUGAUGAAAGUUGCUGUGAAAAUGCUUAAGCCGACAGCCCGUUCCAGUGAGAAACAGGCUUUGAUGUCAGAGCUGAAAAUCAUGACCCAUCUGGGCCCUCACCUAAACAUUGUUAACCUUCUGGGAGCGUGUACCAAAUCAGGACCAAUCUACAUUAUAACAGAGUAUUGUUUCUAUGGAGAUCUGGUGAAUUACCUUCAUAAGAACAGAGAUGGGUUUCUCAGCCGGCACACAGAAAAGGGAAAGAAAGAUCUAGACAUCUUUGGCAUCAACCCAGCCGAUGAGAGCAGCAGGAGCUAUGUCAUCCUGUCUUUCGAGGGGAAAGGUGAUUAUAUGGACAUGAAGCAGGCAGACACCAUGCAGUACGUCCCCAUGCUGGAAAUGAAUGAAGCCUCAAAAUACUCUCCCAUCCAGAGAUCAGACUACGACCAUCCUCCCUCUCACAGACAAUUCAGUGAUGAAGCCGAGAGUCUUCUAUCAGAUGACAGCGCUGAAGGCCUGACCACGAUGGACCUCCUCAGUUUCACCUAUCAAGUAGCUCGAGGGAUGGAGUUUUUGGCCUCUAAGAAUUGUGUACACCGAGACUUGGCUGCACGAAAUGUCCUGCUGUCUCAAGGCAAGAUAGUGAAGAUCUGUGACUUUGGCCUGGCCCGAGACAUCAUGCAUGAUAACAACUAUGUCUCCAAAGGAAGCACGUUUCUUCCUGUGAAGUGGAUGGCGCCUGAGAGUAUAUUUGAUAAUCUGUACACUACGCUGAGUGAUGUCUGGUCCUUUGGCAUCUUAUUAUGGGAGAUCUUCUCUCUCGGAGGGACGCCUUAUCCAGGCAUGGUUGUGGAUUCCAGCUUCUACAACAAGAUCAAGAGUGGAUACCGAAUGACCAAACCUGAACAUGCAUCCGGUGAUGUCUAUGAGCUUAUGAUGAAGUGCUGGAACAGUGAACCGGAGAAGAGACCAUCUUUCCACAGUCUGAGUGAUACGGUGGCAUCUCUGCUGCCCUCAGGAUUUAAAAGGUGUUAUGAACGUGUGAAUCAUGACUUCCUGAAGAGCGAUCACCCCGCUGUGACUCGAGUGCAGUGCAUUGACAAUGAUGAUGCCUACAUGGGUGUGCUCUACAAGAACCAGGGCAAAAUGAAGAACCGUGAGAGUGGCUUUGAUGAACAGAGACUCAGCUCUGACAGCGGCUACAUCAUUCCUCUGCCAGACCUCGAUCCACUUUCAAGUGAAGACUACAGCAAAAGGAACCGCCACAGCUCUCAGACAUCGGAGGAAAGCGCGAUAGAUACGGGCUCUAGCAGCUCCACGACCAAGCGUGAGGGAGAGACUCUGGAGGACAUCACCUUGCUGGACGAGAUGUGCUUGGACUCAGGAGACCUGGUGGAGGACAGCUUCCUGUGAGAGAAAGAUGCAAAGAGAGAGAAACUGAGACAUCUGCAGACUUUUCAUUCCAAGUGCGCAGAUCUCUCUCUGCGUCGUCUUGUCACUUUUUCCUCACCUUACUCUUACGGAGCCUUCAGAAAAAGAAGAAGACUUUUGAUACGUGAAUGUCAUUGAUGUUUUUUUUUUUUUUGGAUGAUACAUCGCCCUCUACAGGUCUGGAGGAAUGAGCAGGACUCAAUGAGCGCUCUUGAAGAGGCUCAGUGAGGGACUCUAAUGGAGCAAAGACCAACAAAGUGGAGAUUUGGAUUUCUGUGUAUCAUUUCCCUAUGUUUGUGCGAUAUGUAUGAGAGUGAAUUGUGCGAACUUUAUUUUUGACGGGCAUUCUGAUCAGCAAUAUAAGCAUGUCUUUCAUAUUAUUGACCUGGGUUGUUUCACAACUGCUACCUUUCAAAUGAAUCCAUCUGAGCUAUAAAAACCACUACAGAGAUUGAAAACUGGGUCAAUGUGGCUUCUAUUUUGGAUCAGGCCUGUUAUUUUCCCCCUCACUCCCACAGUUUUCCAGGAUCUUAUAUACAAUGCAAUGCACCAACUAAACAGCGCAAGCCUUGGAAGAUAUAUAAGUUUAUUGUAACUGUUUAUGUUAAUGUCUCGAUAUGUGUGUGGCAGUUUGAAAUUUAUUUUUGUACGGUUUGGAUGUGUUAUUUGUGAAUUCUGGGUGGGGUCCGGAGAAGUUAUGUAGUCCUAAAAUGAAGAAAAUGGCAACUGUGUUUUGACCUGUGAGUCGCAUUUAUUUAUGUGACUUCAAUUUGAUACAAUGCUAUUUAUGAUAUCUUAAUGUCUGACCAAAGUUUUUACGGAAAAAAUGUUUGACUCUUGUCAGUUUGAGGCAUUAAUGAUAUUUAGAGCUAUGCUUUUAAAAGCAAAAAGAGAUAAACCAAAUGAAAAUGCUUAUUUCAUGUAAUCUUACAGUAUAUUUCUGGGAUUUUCCUGGGUUUUGGAGUUCGCUAUGCACAAACACAUUGUUUCAGACUUAUAUUUUCCUAAAGUUUCACUUUCCUGUUCAUUGGGUUUUAUAAAUGAGCAUUUUAACCAAUUGGAAAUAUCAAACAAGCCCUGGCAGAUGUGCUGUCUGCUGCUCAUUAAGAUUUAUGCAGAUCCCCCUAAAGCAAUGCAAUUAAAAAUCACAGUGUAGAUUUACACAUAGCCAAAUCCUGUAGUCUUGAAGCAUUGUAGAGACACAUCAUUUAGAUUUUUUUUUCUUUGAUGUUAUACAUCAUUGUUCAUUGUAAAUGUGUAUCGUUGUAUAUCAGCAUAUCACUGCCUGCCCCCCAUCUUUACCCUCUGUGGUGUAUUCCACAGGCACGUCGAGAGGAGAUAUGUGUGUGUGUGUGUGU